AUGAUGACCUCACGUCAGUAUAAUGCGAACGAGGAUCGCAGUCUGCUGGGAAACACCAGGUCCUAUUUCUCGCAUUUUGUCCGCCCAAGCCGCUCAUCUUCUCGAGAGGACAGUCGCGAGAGAGAUAGUUCGAGCAACAACACGAUUGGCCCCAAUGCGGUCCAAAGGACGGGCGCUGAAGCCAACGAAAAAAUAUCGUCGGCAGUCUGGUCGAAGGAUUGGAUCCCUUAUACAUUUACGCAUCCCUUUUUCGGCGUGACAGCCUUUGUCGCUCUCACACUGUGUGUCGUAUCUUUUCUACUCUGGUGGAGAUCGUCGACAAACUAUGGGUUAGGGCCCGACGAUGGCUCUUCUACGCUCCUCUUCGGCUGGAGAUACAGUCCGACCCUAAUCGCGGUGAUAUACGUCCAGAUGACGACGGUACUACUGGAAGACGUGAAGCGUACCGAACCUUAUGCCCGGUUGGCACGGCCAAAUGGCGCGGAGGCGUCCUGCAGCAUUCUCAAGGCGCCGGGAGCCUGGUGGGAUGCAUUAUACGACGGCUUCGCGAAGAAGAGGAACGGCGGGCGUAGUUUGAUUCUCAUUUGCGCAUCGGCGGUCAAUAUCAUUGGCUUCCUGGCUAUUUCAUCCCUGUCGUCCGCAUUCCUUUUCUCCGAAGAGAUUGUCGUCCCCAAAUCCGUCGAAUUCUUCAGUCUUGCGCCGGCGGCCAGUUCGCCUCUGCCUAUCGACGCAGAUCGUACGACGCACUUUCGGACCAUUGCAAAUCUCCUGCAAAACGUAUCGACCUCGCCAUGGAUUACCGACAAUUAUACCAUCCUUCCAUUUUGGCCCGCGGAGUUGAAUCCGGCACCCAUCACUUCUCUGCCAAUCAGUCUGACCCAGGAGUGGACGGCAAAGACGGUGAUGUUCAAGAGCGACCUCGCCUGCACGGCGAUGACAUUAGAGAAGAAAGCCAGUGGUUCUGUGCAAUAUUCGUCGGGCUGGGCGUCAUUAUCUUCGAACUCCACCAUAUGGUCCUCUCCCGAUGGAUGUAAAUAUGGAAUGUCGGCGGAAUCAACCUUCUGGAACACAGGAGGCGGCAGUUGGUCAGAUGCGUCUACUUUCUACUACGCUUUGUCGCCCUUGCUUCAGGACGGAGGGCUAGUGUCGAGUUCUAACCAGACUUCGGAAUGUGAUGGGCGGCAGAUUAUUCUCGUUACAGAAUCGUGGGAAAUGGAGAGCCCAGCCUUCUCAGCACAAAUCUGUGAUACGCGCUAUUACAUGGCCAAUAUCACUGCAUCUGUCUCUCUCACAGGGGACGUUCCCGACAUUUCUUUCGAGGAAAGUGAAUUUGAACGGAACAAGGUUGCGAUUCCGGACACUGUUCUCAACACCACGACCAUGCGAAAUCUGACUCUCGAUGCAAGCUGGCCCAACUAUAUGCUCUCUAUUUUGUUGUCAGGAACGGCUGCAUUGGGAGGCCCCUCUGUUCUGCUGGGAGCGCUUUAUGACUACAAUAUGACAGCCCUGGUCAAUGACCCCAAUUGGGUGGCGUCCGCUGCUACAGCAAACCAACGCUACUUUGGCGAAGUGCUGCAAGCCGCGCUGACCCGUCAGGGCGCGUCCCAAAGGACCCCCAUACAGGGCACACUCCACGAUGUUGAGACUCGAGUUGUGGUACAAGCCGGUUCUGCUGUGGCCCUGGGUGUCCUCUUCGCGAUCUCCUUCCUGCUUUUGCUGGCCGUUUGGUGGUGCUCCCAACUACGACGCAGGCCAUUGAACCUGAAAGAAGAUCCGGCUUCAACGCUCGGCGUAGCUGCUCUCAUUGCACCUAAUGCUCGUGUAAGCUCGGGUUUUCAGACUUUCCGACAACCGUCCGCAAAAGACCUUCACGGCAGACUGAAGGGACAACGAUUCUUUACCGACUCUUAUGGGCUGUCCAGAAUUAGCCCCGACGAGAUAUUACAUCAUGACGUGGCUCAGUCCGAGAAUGGAACACCGAAACUACUUCGCCUGCCGGCGUUGGUCGCAUUGGUUGUAGUUCUCAUUGCGGUCGUUGUUGGUGUUUGUGUGCUGUGGCACUUUGCAGAGACUGUUGGCUUAUAUGAGAAGGCCUUCGUCUACCAAGUUGAUUUAUCAUUCCUGAGCAAUAGUGUAUCGUCGGUGGCACCAAUUUCCAUGGUUCCAACUCUGGUAGCCACAAUAAUUGGCUUGUGGUGGAGCGCCAUCGACGACAACUUCCGCCGGUUACAACCUUAUCUGGCCAUGUCGGAUGGCCAUCCGCCGAUUCCUCGAGGCACCGGCCUGUCAUACCAGUCUUCGUUCUGGCUAUGGGCAUGCAUCAAAGCUGCGCUCAAUAAGCAUUGGCUUCUUUCUUUGUUGACCUUAGGGAGCACUCUUACCCCCAUCUUUACAACCACGAUGUCGGCCAUUUUUGACCGUGGACCAGGUGUGGUUAUCCAGCCCAUCACGUUUGACCGCAGCCUCGAAAUCCGGAAGAUCCCGUUUGUUUUCGGCACGCAACAAGCGAUCUACCCAGACAGCUCCAACGACUACGUCGGGGUCAUCCUCUCCGAUCUAUACAAGAACAUCUCUACCUAUUGGAUGUAUACCGCAACAAUUCAAUUGGCACUGAACGGAUCUGAGCCUGCAUGGAGCAAGGACGGAUGGAGCUUUGUUCCAGCUGAGAUGAACACUAUUAGCAGUGUCGCGCUACCAAAUGACCUCGAUGAUUCCGACAAGACAGUCUUAGGUGCCCAAUCCAAUGUCACCUUCACCACACCUGCCAUGCGCGCCCGCAUCGAAUGCUUCCAGUACCCAGCACAAGCGUUGACGAAUCUCUCCAACUGGCUCACACCCGUAGAUUUGAGCAAUGCGACGACAUGGAAUCAGAGCACAAUCCCUCAUGGUAUCAGAGGCGGCUAUGAGCUCGGCACAAGCUGGAUCUACAGAGAGAGCCCCAGUGUCAUUCUGCCGUUGACAGAAGACGAGACUAUAUCAACAUGUCGUGGUUGUACAACCGUCUUCGUCAACCCAAACUCCAUCGCCUGUUGCGGCAACUCAAGCAGCAGUGCUUGGGACCCGAGCGUGGCUGUUGGGUACUGGUCCCCAAAUACCAACCUGUCAACGUGGUCAACUCGAUACUGGGACCAGAAUUUCACUGUCAAAUGGUUCCAAGGGAAUGCAGUAACGGGCAUUACAGCUAACCCUGUAGGUGGAUACGCUUCCAGUAUCCCGUUGCUGUUUCCAACGCCGCCAUCAAUCACAUUGAUGAACUGCAGGCCAAUGGUCGAGUCUGCUAACGCGAAUGUUACUGUGAAUCCGGCAAAUGGAGUAAUUCAGUCCUUCAAUAUCACGACUCAGCCCAAAGAAAUGGUGGAAGCUUUCACAGAUAAUUUUCUGCCUCAUAAUCAGACCCGUUUCAGUUCGGAGACGGCCAUGGUGUACUAUAAUGUAACAGUCAGCUACGGUCGCCUCUUCAUGGCCUCCAUGCUCACCGCAGCCGACACCUUGCAUCUUGACGGCGCCGAGCACGUCGGGGGCUACCACAGCGAAGACCUGAAUGACAACACCUACAACAUCCGCGACGAGAUUAACGGAUUAAACAUGGACUUCAUGAGCUACGCGAUGUACUCGAUGGCCGGCAAAGACCCCCAAGCCCUUUUAGACCCAGAUAGGUACCUCGCGUUGGCACAAAAGACAUUCACCACCUUCUUCCAGCACUUCGUCAGCAACAACAUCUCCAUGGAGACCGGCGGAUGGGGUUACCAGCAGAUCAAUGCCAGUCUGCCUGAUACACUAGGACCCGUCCUCGAGAUGGGUUCUUAUCUCCCCUCGACCAAGGCGGCAGCCUACCAGGACGACAUGCAUCCAAUUUCGCACACGAACAGGACGGUGGCGGCGCACGUCUCCCAACGCGUCGAACUCCUCCAAAUGAACGCCGUCGCCGUCUGGCUCAGCAUCGCAAUAAUGGCCUGGUUAAUCCUGACUACGCUCGUCGUCGCGAUUCUGCACAAGCGGUACUUCGGCCGGCUCGUGCGCAACGUCGAGUGUCUCGGUGACGUGCUGGUGCUCAUUGCCGGCAGCGCAAACCUGCUGGAAGUUGUGCGCGAGAUACAGGCUGGACGGCUUUCUCCGGACGAAUACGAGCAUCUGCGCACACGGCUGGGCUGGUUUGUUGAUGAGGACGGGGGCUUACGCUGGGGUGUUGAAAUGGAGGAGGCGUUUAGGGAUGGGCCGGGGGUGCAGUGGGUUGCUGCACCAUAUUUCUCGAAGAAAGGGACUAAUACGUGGAAUAUGUCGGAUAACGAGAGGGACUCGUAG